GGAAUGGGGUGGGCUGUCUUUCCGGAUGACCCAGGUGAUGAAGGGGCAUGGCUGCUUCGGACAUUUCCUGGGUCGGAUCGGACAGGAGCAAGACUCCCGCUGCCACCAUUGCAGCGCGGCGGACGACACCGCCCAACACACGUUGGGCGAGUGUCCGGCGUGGGCGGACAAGCGGGAGGCGCUCGUCCGCGUGAUAGGGCAGGACCUCUCCCUUCCAGCGGUGAUCACCGCAAUAUUGGAAGAGGAGAGGUCCUGGCACGCGUUUGCCUCCUUCUGCGAGAAAGUCAUCUCGCAGAAGGAGGCAGCGGAGCGGGAGAAGAGGGGCCAGAUACCCCUUCCCCGCCCGCCACAGCAUCGGCGGCGGCGGCGCUGGGCUCGGGGAAGACUUCCCCGG